GGAGAGGGAAAGGACAGCGUGUAUGUGACCGACGUGGACAGAUGCUCCAGCAGAACUGGCUGUGAAAGGGAUGGACAGACCACAGGAUUCAAACAAGGCAGUUAAACAGCCGUUUAUGAAGCGCAACAAUGAGCAGCAGCGAAGGUGGAGUAGCUGUUCCAGCAUGAGUGUCGAAGGCAGAGGUGGAGGCAACAAGAGACGUCCCCACAGCAAAACCCAGAGCCUGGCCUGCGCCCCUAAGGGAGGCGAUGACAAGGAGAAGAGGAGGUUCAGGCACAUCAUCGCCUCUGUAUUUGGUCAGGGGGCUGCCGUCCUGGAUGGGAGAGGAGCCCCUCUGGCUGCAGCCUUCCUUCGGGGUGGGGAAGGACCCCAGGCCUGGACAGGGGGCCAUCUGAAUGGGGAGGACCUCACCCUAGCAGAUUCAAGGAGUGAACAGGAGUUUGACGACCCACUGACCAUACUGGUCCACAACUGCACCAUGCUGCACCACAUAGUGGGUCCUGCCUGCAUCUUCCUCAGACAGGGACUCGCCCAGGCUCAACUCGACAGAGAUCUGCGCCCAGAGGAAAUCGAAGAGCUGAAGGAGGCCUUUAGGGAGUUUGACAAGGACAGGGAUGGAUUUAUCAGCUGCAAAGACCUGGGAGAGUGUAUGAGGACCAUGGGCUACAUGCCAACAGAGAUGGAGCUCAUCGAGUUGAGUCAGCAGAUCUGUGGCGGCAGAGUGGAUUUUGAGGACUUUGUGGAAUUGAUGGGACCCAAGAUGCUGGCAGAGACUGCAGACAUGAUUGGGGUGAAGGAGCUGAGGGACGCCUUUAGGGAGUUUGACUCCAACGGUGACGGACAGAUUAGCCUGACCGAGCUGAGGGAAGCCAUGAAGAAGCUGAUGGGAGAGCAUCUGAACCACAGAGAGAUCGAUGAGAUCCUGAGGGACGUGGACCUCAAUGGGGACGGCCUGGUUGACUUCGAAGAGUUUGUGCGAAUGAUGUCACGCUGACAUGAAUGCAGACCAGGCCACUCCCACUCUGAGGCAGAAAGUGGCUGCCUUGGCACGCACUUUAAACGGCAAAAUGUAUGCCCUAUAUCACUAACAAUUGCAUUCAGAUGGAAUUAAUGAAUAACAUUAAUGUCAUUGACAGGUAUACUGAUCUUUAUUAGCAAAGAAGAUAAUUUUGCAUUACAGACAAUUAUCAUAGGACUAGCAGCACAAGGCCAUGUACAGGGUAGACUGUGGUGCUCGCUGUCACUCAACUAAUGGUCUUUGUCAUAAGUAUCUCUGUAAAAUAAUGUUUUCUUUUAGCAUUUGGCUCAAGUAGAAGUCUCUAGAAAAUGUUAACCACAGUGUGGUUUUCCAACAGCAAACACUUGUGCUCAUGGCAGUUUUUACCAUUUUGAAUAAUAAUAAUCAAUUUUAAACCUGAGAAACCUAAGAAAAGUAUCUCAGGCAGAGAUAGUCUCUGGUGAUCCACAGUGUUCAGUGUCCUCUUGGGUCAUAAGGACAAUGUAACCAGCAAACAAAACGAGGCUGUGUGCUGGACACCUAGUUGACACUGGAACAUCACAAAAGAAGAGCAGAACUGUUAGACUGGCUCUGAAAAUGGUUUUAACUAAAU